AAUGCUCCUCCUCCUCUUUUUCCUAUCUCUGCUAUGGUUUGUCGUCGCAACAAACGCCGCAGACUCCUCCGGGGACAAUGGCUACUCUUCCGAUCCCAUUCUCAGGUAUAGACCCCCGUUCUCCAAGUCUCUGCCCGUCCAGAUCCUCUCCACCGGAAUCAUCCUCACACUCGUCGUCAUGCUCUUCCUCCACCUCCUUUUCACCGCACAAUACCACUAUCCGAUGGCACGAGCCAACUACGUCCUCCAAAUGAUAUGUGUUAUCUCCCUCAUGGUCUCCCUCAUCGCCACUUUAUACCUCAUCUUUCGGUCAACCGUGCAAGAAAGCCAGCAUUGGCCCUACAUGCUCAGCUAUCUUCAGGUCGACAUGCCUCGUUUCGACUACGGCAAUGGUCCGACAAACAGCACCGAUCCUACGAUGCUGUAUGCGCAUGUCUGGACUGCAGCGGAGAGCGCAACUUGGAUAGUGAUGAAUGCGACGACAUCGACAGUCGUCCAGAUCACUCAUAUCCAUUUCUUGACGCUCCUCUACCCAUCAUCUCUUGAGGCAAGACUCAUAUUUUGCCUGCUCGGCCCUUUGGCAAUCGUUGCGGCCGUUAUGCAAGUCCUCCCCGUAGCCAUAACUUCCCCAGAGGUUCUCAGCGUGCUUGAGGAUGUCCGAAAUGUCUGUAAUGCGACCCUCUCCCUCCUUUUCACCACCGCUCUCGUCCUAUGGGGCUUCGUCGUCAACCGCGAACAAGCUUGGCGCACUGAUGGUGGUACUGCGACUUUUGGUGCCGGUGCCAUCAUACUCGCCCUUAUCUCCACGACCCUCAACUUCUUCUACAUCCCUCGCUCUGACCAGUACACCUGGCUCCCGAAGCUUAUCUGGGCAGUGACACUGUGGCAAAGUUUCCUCGGAUAUUGGUGGUGGGUGGGCUCAGGCGUCGGGGUGCGCGAGGCGGAAAAGCGUAUAGAGUGGGAAGAAAAGAACAUCCAGAAACGCCAGCUGCGCGCUCAGCGGAGGAAGGAACAACGCGAGAAGGCCAAGGUCGUUUGGAAGGGUGUCACCAGUGCGUUCAAGCCUAAACCCGAUUCUCUCGGGUCUCUGCAGAAGCGCCGGGCGCAGUCAAGCGACAGCGAUGCUGUCUCGGUAGGGGAAGGAGAGGCUCCAGAUGACCAGUCUGAGAGACACGCUGGUUCUGCGACGGUCAUGGACUCAGGCUCGACGGCCCCGUCCUCGUCGGCUGUGGACUCGACUGGACCCACGUUUCUGCGACCAUGGCGCAGUUGGUUCACAGCUCUCCGUCACGCCCACCUUACUGCCGCUCGUGAACAGGCAGUCGAACGCACCGAGCGUAUACACCAGGUAUACGGCCGCGAAGAUAGGCGCAACUCUCAGCGAGAGCCAAAUGCGCGCGUUAUUGGCUGGGGAUUGGGGAGUUUUGGCUUGCGGCAGUCAGAGCGGGGGCGGAGGGAACUUGAGGAUGGAGCCGUAGAUGAUGAAACGGACGCUGCGACGCUGACGAAUGAGCCGGGAGUUGUAGGGGACGCAGAAGAUGGGAGGGGCCGAUCGCGAACGAGGCAAGCAUUAGCCAUUGAGGAGACGGAGGCGAGGACGUGGACACGUACGUUGUGGUGGUGGUCGCCGUUCCGGCAGUGGAGGUUGCAGGACUCGACGGCGUAUCGAUGAUGUUUGCUGCGUUGAACAGCCUCGGUAUGGUGACGUGUUUUCUUAUUUUACUGACUCUGCUGUAAUAUUGUGUACUUAUAUGUGCUAUUGCAUGGAAGCGGACCCGGCUCCUUCGGACGUCUCUCAG